AUGGGGGGGCUCGGGGCGCCUUUUGGGGGGCUCGGGGUGCCCAGGGGGGGUCCCGCGAUCGGGACCCUCCCCCUGAUGCUGCUGCUGAUGGCGGCUGGAGCGGGAGCGGUGCUGCGGAUCCCUUUGGAGAGGGGGCCCUGGGUGCCCCCCAAAUUCUGGGGGGGGGGCGGGGGCGGCCCCCGCAGCCGCAGUGGGGGAGGGGCGGCGGCGGCGCCCGCGAGGCUGCACAACUACAUGGACGCUCAGUACUACGGCACCAUCUCGCUCGGGACCCCUCCCCAGAGUUUCCGGGUCAUUUUCGACACCGGCUCCGCCGAUCUCUGGGUGCCCUCGGCGCGCUGCUGCCUGCUCUACCUGGCCUGCUGGCUCCACCCCCACUACCAGCCCCUGCUGUCCAGCACCCACCGGGCCAACGGCACGGCCUUCGCCAUCAGCUACGGCAGCGGGAGCCUGAGGGGCUUCCUGAGCACCGACACCCUCACGGUCUCCAAUGUGUCUGUCCCCAACCAGACGUUCGCUGAGGCCGUGGCCUUGCCGGGCCUGGCGUUCGCGGCCGCGCGUUUCGAUGGCGUCCUGGGCCUGGCCUACCCCGCCGCGUCCGCGGGCCCGGCGCGCCCGGUGUUCGACAACAUGAUGGAGCAGGGGCUGUUCCGCAACAACGUCUUCUCCUUCCACCUGCGCAGUGGGGCGUCCGAGGGCGACGGGGGGGAGCUGCUCCUGGGGGGCAUCGACGAGGGACGGUUCGAGGGACCCCUGCACUACAUCCCCGUGUCCCGCAAGAGCUACUGGCAGGUGCACAUGGACAG